AUGGAUCAAACAGAAAGUAAGGCAGAUUUAGAUUUUUACUGUUUUCUUUGUUCGUUUUGCAUUAAAUCUAGUACAUCUUAUAUGCAAUACAGUUUCACCCAGUUUGCUUUAAAUCAAAAAAUUGUAUUUGUAUUUCCAUUUCCUUUACCUGUAGAAAAGGAACAAAGUGCAGAUAAUGCAGAGCCUCCAGCAGCACAGGAGAAGGAUGUAUCAGAAACAGUUGCAAAGCAUUAUAACGAACUCCAGGAGUCUGGUCUAGCGGUGCGCACACAGAGUCGAAUCUUCUAUCUACGGAACUUUAACAACUGGAUAAAGAGUGUUCUCAUAGGAGAGACAGUGAAGCAGAUAAAGAAGGAGACAAACAAGAGAUCCCUCGUGGUCCUGGACCUGUGUUCUGGGAAGGGCGGGGAUUUACUCAAGUGGAAGAAAGCUGGAAUCUCAAAAAUCAUCUGUGCAGAUAUUGCUGGGACUUCUGUUGAACAAUGUGAAAGUCGAUAUCGAGAGAUGAUAGGAAGAAGUCAACAUGAUCGCUACUCGGGUGACAUGUUCUCCGCAGAAUUCAUCACGGCAGACUGUACAAAGGUUCAGCUCCGAGGGCAGUACAGAGAUUCCUCAAUGAAGUUUGACUUGUGCAGCUGUCAGUUUUCCUUUCAUUACUGUUUUGAGAGCCUCCCCCAAGCUCAGAUGAUGUUACGGAACGCCUGCGAGUGUCUGGAACUGGGCGGCUACUUCAUUGGAACAACGCCCAACUCUCUAGAAAUCAUGAAAAGGCUAAGAUCCUCUGAAGACAAAUCCUUUGGUAAUGAUGUCUAUAGGGUGACCUAUGAACUGGAUGACCUUGAAAAUGUGCCCUUGUUUGGUGCCAAAUAUAACUUUCAUCUAGAAGGAGUGGUGGACUGUCCAGAAUUUUUAGUGUACUUUCCAGUGCUAGAAAAGUUGGCUGAAGAUUAUGGUAUGAAACUUGUUUACAAGAAGACAUUUGCAGAUUACUUCUCGGAAAAUGUAGAGAAGGGAGAGUACAGGGGCCUUCUUAAUAAAAUGCAAGGUUUAGAGACUUAUCCAAGUGAGGACCUACUGGGCAAGGCAUCAGAUGAUUAUGCAGCAACAGAAAAAAAAUAUCGGGAAAUUCUCACCACUGAUGAUAGGUCAGACCGUGGCAACCAGAGAGGGGCUCCCAAAGUGGGUACGUUGUCCCAGUCAGAGUGGGAAGCGACCACAAUAUACUGUGUGUUUGCCUUUCAAAAAGUUCUGGACAAAGUUAGUGGUCGAUCUUGGAAGCCUUCAAAGCAAGAGGAGGACACUUAGACAAGUACUCACUGGAACACCCACACACAAACAGCACUGUGCCAAUUCACAGAGACACAGACAAACAAACAGGCCUAACAGUGUACAUUGUCUGUAUUGUAGACAGCCGUAAAACAAAGCAAAAUGUGGAAACUUGGCAUAAUGGACACUUCCUAAAACAGGAGGAACUUGGAAUGAACCAUGGGUCUUGUCUGUUUUACAAGUUUCUUCAUUACUUUGUAGAAAUCAGCAACUGCUGAGUUAUUUUAUGUUAUUUUGUUGUUGAAAUAUCUAUUAGCAUCUCAUUCAUUCUCUUCAAUCUGCAUAAAUGGUACAUAAGGCCAUCUUUAAAAAAUUGUUUGGUUGCCCUCUCCCGACUGACUGAUUAAAUAUGACCCGCCACAAAAUUUUUUUUAACAUUCCAGGACACAAUUUUUUUUCCCUUUUUAUCAGGUCACCUGAUUCACUCUCUAGGGCUCUAUAGAUUUUAUAUUGAAAAUGCAUUAAUUCUUUGAAAAUCUUCUUCUCUGCCACUAGGUAUUUAAAAACAAACUAACUACAUACAUAGUUAUGGUGAGGAAGGGUGCCUCUUCUAAAAUUGUGAAUUUCUCAGCCCCUGGGUCAGGGGUUCUGGUGUUAGGGCGGGGCUCUAUUGAUUUUAUAGUGAAAAUACAUAAAAUCUUUGGAAAUUGUCUUCUCUGCUGCCAGGUAUUAAAUAAUUUAACUACAUACAUAGUUAUAAUGAGGAAGGGUGCCUGUUCUAAAGUUGUGAAUUUGAUGGCCACAGAGUCAUGGCUUCUGGUGUUAGCUAGGGUAGAGAUAUAUAAAUUAAAUAUUGAAAAUGCAUUAAUUCUUUGAAUAUCUCCUCCUCUGCUCUUGGGUAUUAAGCAGAUGAACUACCUAUAUAGCUAUGAUGAUCAACAGUCCUUCCAGAUUUGUGAAUUGCAAGGCCCCUGACCCAGCGGUACCGUAGGAAGGGGGGGCUCUAAUUAUACAUGUAUAAUGAAAAUGAAUUAAUGCUUUGAAAUCUGCUCCUUUCUAUAAAUCAAUCAUUUCUGUGUGAGCAAGAGUACCUUUUCCAAAAUUGUGAAAUAUGUGGACGCAGUGUCAGGGUUCUUAUGGGGUGGGGCAUUACUAAUUAUUGCUGAAUAAUACUAUUACUAUUAUUGGCCUAAGAUACAAAAAAAAAGAAAAUAUGAUGUAAAUCAACCUUGACACAAAGUAUUCCUGAGGGUUUUUUUUCUAUACCUUUAUCUGGAUAUUAUAUCCCAUCACAAACCAGUUAUUCAUUUGUACAAUGAUAUGUACAAUGUAACCUGAAUAAUCUCUCCGAAUUUUCUAAAGCAUUCAUUCCAAAACAUUUCUGCAGCUAUUUGAAAAGCUAAACUCAAAUUUAAAGUCAAGGUCAAAGAAAAGGUCAAGGUAAAAAAGUUGUUGAAGUUGAAAAGCUCUCAUCUGACAUCAAUAUUUAUAAGCAUAUAUAAAGAUACAUAAGUCAAAAUCAUGUGUUUCUUUUGAGAUAAUUGUAUCAUAUAAAAAAAAAAUUAUGUGAAAUAUGAAAACAGCAAAGAUUUGACAAGUACACUGUAUUAAAAAGAAGAAAAGAACUGAAAAAUAUAAGUGCCGAAAAAUUUUCAUCCGUGGUUUGAACACCAUGAUCCAAAAUUACUUCAAUCUGGUCUCUUAUAAAGCAUAAGGAGUCAGAUAAAUAUGCAUUGUUAACCUUACCAAUGUUAUUAAUAAGGUGUAUCUAUGUAUGGUUAUUAGAGCAUAUGAGAGAUUCAUGUCAAGAUUUGUUGUUAGUACAGUAAUUAAUGUCGCAGCUGUUGUAGAAAAAAUACAUUACCCAAGUGAGCGGGUUAUGUAAUUUUUUUUCUGCAAUAGCUGCAACGUUAAUUCCCCUGCUAACAAACAAAGAAAGGCAUUUAUUGUUUAAAUUUACAAAUGUAUGAAAAAAAAACAUUGGAAAUAAAAUAAAAUAUGUUAAAUAUGGAA